GCGGGAUUCUGCCAUUAACUUGUGAUACUAUGGGGAAGACCCCUCACUACUACAUGGCCCUGGACUCGUGUUCUGAAAAACUCUAAAUUACCCUUUACUCUUGCCUUAUUUUGCCUCAUCGACGCGUGAACACGUGAGCACGUGAUUGUGUGUUGUUAAAUACCGGCCGGCAUUUGUAUAGCCACAGAAGAUCGACAGAACUCUCACUGUAGGCCCAACGAUUUCAUAGCGCGAUGGCUGAGACGAGCGCUGCAGGAGAUGGCGGCGCUGCCAAAACAAUCACAAAUCUCUUCGAAGGGAAACAAUUUUGGUUAUCUCACAACAUCCCCCAAAGGAACUGGUUCAAGGAAAUUAUUCAGAAUAACGGCGGCACUGUACGGCUACACGAGAAAGAUGCAGACAUAAAAUUGGUCGAUCACAAGAGGAAGAACCUGCCUUCUGACGCGUACUCUUUUAAAUUUGUCGAAGACUCGUAUCGCAAAGGGGAGUUGCAGGAUCUAGAGAACUAUAGAGCCGGGCCUUCGGAAGCACGCCCUGUAGGGGCUACUAACAUCCCCACCAGAGGUCAUAAAGUCUACUAUACUCUUGAAGAUGAUCAAUUACUCUGGGACUGGAUGCAGCCUCACGAGCGAAAUCCAAGGGCGUCUAUUAGGGGCAAUAAGAUCUAUCAGGAACUAGCAGCACAGCAUCCCAGACACACUUUCCAGUCCUAUCGAGAUAGGUACCUGAAGAGACUCAAGGGACACCCAAGGCCCGGUGGUAUGCCGGCAUCUACGGCUCCACCUGCAUCCCACGAGGAGCCUACACCUAGGUCUGAGUCUCGCGAAAGGUCUCCCCGAGGGCCCGAAUCUAUUGCCGCCAAAGCAAACGAAAGGAAAAGGAGGCGGCCUUCAGGACCGGAUUCGCCAGAUCAAGGUAGAGCUGACAAAACCAGCCAGCCAAUCUCGAAGAGAAGGGCCAUCAGCGUCAACAACCACCUUCCGGACCCCUUUGUCUCCAAUGAUCAGCCAAACCAGGCUGCAAAAGCACAGAGCAUGCCACCUCCCACGACACCUCGCAAAGGCCAGAGACCAACCGUUGUAAAACAAAAGACAGGACAGCGUGAGGUUCCUACAGAACCAGAAACUCCAUCUCAAAAGCAGCUCAAUUCUUCUCAGCCAGACCCCUUGUUUUUAGAGCUUCCCUUCUUGCCUUCAGAUGAUGAGCCAGAGGGGGAUGUGUCUGAGGAUAUUGACACAUGGAUUGAUGACCGUCUCCGAACUGGAAAGGCGAGCAGUGAGGAACAAGUCCUCGAAGCGUUGCGGUGCACUAGUAUGGAUCCACAUUUAGCUGACAAGGUCCUGGCUUUCUUGGUAGAUGGGAAACCCGUACCGGAAAAUAUGCCAGGGGUGUGGACGCCUGAGGAUGACAAGUGUGUGGAGGGAAACGAGACUAGAGGCAUCCAACGGGUCAUGGAGAAGCAUGGUUCCGAGGUCUUCAAUUCCCGAUGGGAAUACCUUAGCUUGGCCAGAGCUGCUGGUCUUGUAGAUACCCACGAAUAG